AUGGCCCAACUGGAGCUAUGUGGAGCCAGCCACCAGGGUUGCACACAGGAACUCUGCACAUCCAAAAGCCCCCUGCAAAAAAGCUGUGGCCUUGGAACCUGCUUGCAAAGUGCCACGCGGAGGGGAGAAAAGGCAGCUGCAAUCACCCAAGAACUCUGGCCCAGUGGCAGAAAGCAGCGGCUGAACCCAGACCUGCGCAACCAGGACGCGCUCUGGCUGGUGCAACUCGGGCAGAAGCUGCUGCGCUGUACCGCUCUGAGCGCCGCGUGCCUGGCGGCUGCCUUGCUACUCUGGAGACUUUUGGUGAUGCUGGUGAACUAUGCCCGGCACUGGUGGCAACUGAGGACAGUGCCGACCGUCGCUGGUGCUUACCCAUUCGUGGGGCAUGUGCUCAUUGCGGAAAAGGACUCAAGGGAACAUUUUAAGCAGGUAGUUCGUUUUACUGAAGAAUUUCAACAUAUGCCAAUGUUUAAACUCUGGCUUGGGCCAGUGCCACUGAUGGCUCUUUACAAAGCAGAAAGUGUGGAGACAAUUUUAUGUAGUUCAAAACAUACUGACAAGUCCUAUUUAUACAAGUUUAUGGAACCGUGGCUUGGCCUAGGACUUCUUACAAGCACUGGAAGCAAAUGGCACUCCAGGAGGAAAAUGUUAACUUCCGCUUUUCACUUUACAAUUCUGGAAGAUUUCUUAGACAUCAUGAAUGAAGAAGCCAAUAUUCUGGUCAAUAAGCUUGAAAGAUAUGCUAACAAAGAAAAAUUUAACUGUAUUUUUGAUGUCACUCUUUGUGCCUUAGAUAUCAUCUGUGAAACAGCGAUGGGAAAGAAUAUUGGUGCACAAGUAAAUGAUGAUUCUGAAUAUGUCCUUGCAGUUUGUAGGAUGAGUAACCUAAUACUUCAGAGAAUGAAGGCACCCUGGCUCUGGCCUGAUAUUAUAUUCUUUAUGUUGAAGCAAGGGAGGGAAUACAAAAGGACCCUAAAAAUCCUACAUGACUUUACUAACAAUGUCAUCGCAGAACGGGCUAUUGCAAUGCAGAGAGAGGAAGAAUGCAGAAUGGAAAACAACACCCCAAAAAACAAACAAGUCAAGGCAUUCCUUGACUUACUUUUAAAAAUAACUGACGAUAAAGGAAACAAGCUAAAUCAUCAAGACAUUCGAGAAGAAGUUGACACGUUUAUGUUUGAGGGCCAUGAUACCACCGCAGCUGCACUUAACUGGUCCUUGUACCUCUUGGGUUCUUAUCCGGAAGUCCAGAAAAAAGUGGACAAAGAGCUGGAGGAAGUGUUUGGGAAGUCUGAUCGUCCUGUUACAAUGGAGGACCUAAGAAAAUUCAAGUAUCUAGAAUGUGUUAUUAAGGAGACUCUUCGGCUGUUUCCUUCUGUGCCUUUAUUUGGCCGCAAGCUGAGUGAAGAUUGUGAAAUUGCUGGUUACAAGUUGUCGAAAGGCACUGAGGUAGUCAUUGCUCCAUAUGCACUGCAUAGAGAUCCAAGGUACUUCCCAGAUCCAGAGGAAUUCAAGCCAGAAAGGUUCUUUCCUGAGAAUUCACAAGGACGCCAUCCAUAUGCAUAUGUACCCUUCUCUGCUGGACCCAGAAACUGUAUAGGUCAAAAAUUUGCCAUGAUGGAAGAAAAGAUUGUUCUUUCCUGCAUCCUGAGGAAGUUCUGGAUAGAAUCUACCCAGAAAAGAGAAGAACUUGGUCUGAUAGCAAAGUUGGUUAUUCGUCCAGCUAAUGGCAUCUGGAUCAAGCUAAAAAGGAAAAACAAAUGAUGGAAUCAAUUAUGCUGAGUGAAAUAAGUCAAAGGGAGAGAAAUAGACACAGAAUAGUAUCACUCAUCUAUAGGUUUUAAGAAAA